CUCCUGGUCAGGACUCAGGACGCUGGGGAGGGCUCCUGAUGGGGCCGUGGCAACUGGGGACAGAGAUGCAGCCAAGGUCCUGGGUUCCAAAGGCAGCCCCAGGAGGCAAAGGGCAGCCCCCCUCUGAAAAAACCCUUGUGGACAGAAGCAAGAAAAGGCCUAGGCCCUGGCUGCAGCAUCGUCGUCGUUGUCGUCGGAGUGGCGCUGGCGAUGUACCGAAAGGGCCGCAGCCUCCCCCUGAAAGAGAGCAGCCUGGCGCUGCCCAACAACCUGGCGGUGCUGCCGCUCCCUCAGGGCAAGCGGGGGGCCACCUACUACGCCUCCGUCCACGGGCCCACCGUCAACAUGGUCAGCACCCCCGGGGACGAGGAGGGGGACGGGGGUCCUCUGGCCGCCACCUGCGCCCACCGGCAGCUCCAGGUCAAGGAGGGCGGCCACGGACUGGGACUGGGAGCCACCCUCAUCACCCAGGCGGCCUGGUGCAUCCUCCCUUCCCGGAUCCUCUUGGUGCUCACGUCGCGGAAAGGUAUCCAGAUGUAUGAGCCAGAUGGAUCCGUCAUGGUGUACUGGCAUGCUCUGGAGGGCAUGGAGACGUCCUCUCCAGGCAAGGCGGCCUUUGCGCGUGGGAUUGCGGCAACUGGGCAGCGCUUCGUCUGUGUAGGAACGUCCUCCGGAGCUGUCCUCAUCUUUGACGUCCCUGCCAAAGGCACCAACGUCACACUAAGCGAAGUCCUGGAAAAGCACGCUAGCUCCAUCACAGACAUUGGGGCCGAGCUCUGCGAGCAGCUGGAGGGAGCCCCUGACCUGGUGACGGCUGAUGACUCUGGAGGUUUGUGCGUUUGGUGUUCUGGAGAGAAGUUCAAGCUGCUCACCCAGAUCUCAGCUUCUGAUUGUUCCUGCUCUUCUGUGAAGCUGUGGAAUGGGGUCAUUGCUGCUGGCUACGGGAAUGGGCAGAUCCGUCUGUUCCAGGCAGCCACUGGGGCCCUCCGAGCCGAAGUUAGUGCUCAUGCACGCUGGAUCUAUGCCCUGGACCUGGCACCGCUCUCAGGAAAGCUUCUGUCUGCUGGCGAGGACUCCUAUGUGCAGGUCUGGAGGGUGAGCCACAAUCCAGACACGGAGACCAUUGAGAUAGAGCAUUGCCAUGGGGAGUGUGUGACUGACACCCUGCUCUGCGGGGCCCGCUUCUGCAACCCAGAGGGCAGCGCCUUUGCCGUCACGGGCUUUGAGCUCAACGAGAUCAUCCGCUACAUCCAGGUGUAGCUGCUCCUGGCCAGAGCCCAAAGAGAGGAUGGGCUUUGUGGGCAUCUGGCCAGAGCUCAGGGGACUCUGGCUAGGGAGCCUUAAAAGGGGGUGGGGGUAGUCGGGACUGGAGCCCAGGCAACAGUUGCCCACCCCAAUCGUUACUGUCUAAUCUGGGUCCAUUUGGGACCAAGGGCAAAGUAGUACCCAGGGGCUCCCAUGGUGGCUGGGUGUCCUAGGAAAAGUCUCUUGCAGCCCAAUUCUAGACUAGGAGUCACCCAUCGUCCCCUUUCUUUCAAGCUGCUCCCUCCCACCAGAAGGAAUCUCAUGACUGGCCGGCUUGCUCUGUUAUCAAACUUUAUGUCUAUGAACUGGGCCAAGAGACUUCCACAGCCCUGAACAAACUGCCUCAAAACGGGGGGGGGGGGACUAGGGGCAGGCUUUGUAGUUUUGUUAUUUAUUAAAAAAAAAUAUGCAUCUCUGCUACGGAUAGAAAGUGUGUUAUCACUCAAAAGGUGAAUGGGACACAACUGGGACGUCCUGUUUGACUUGGCAGUGUCUUGCCAAAGGAGAUGGCCAGCUGACCGACUGCUGGAAUGCAAGGCAGGGUGAAGUCCAGCUGCCCCUGAACAGAGACGCCUGACUGAAGAAGGGCCGAGCUCAGGGCCCCCUCCCUCAGCUCGGUGGCAUGGACCACACCAGUCUCCGAUGCCCAGCCAUGUGGGCUAUUCCAGGGGCAGGUGGGCUUCUCCAGCCCUAUUGCUGCCAGUUGUCCUUCCAGCCUUCUUCUUGCCCCAAAUUUGAUCAUGCAAAUACUCUUGAUGCGUUCCUGCAGCAGCUGACACAAAUAGGAGGAAAAGCUCUGGGAAUGCAAGCAACACCUGUCCCUAACCCAGUCACCAGCUCAUUGGUUAGGAAGGCAUCUUGAUGGCCAACAAAGGGAGGGGAACCUGCCCAGGACAGUCCUUCAAAUUUUGGAUUUUGAGGAAGUAGGAGCCAGUUCAAGGGAGGGAGUGAAAUGUGGGGAAGGGGAUGGCAGAGGCCCACCUGGCACGAAAGCAUGUUUAAGUCACAGGUGUACUGUUCUUGCUGGCUGUUUCUGGCUAAGAGACUGACGUGUGCUUC